AUCAAGACUGCAUGAUUACUGUCAUGGCUUUACAAUCAAUAAAUGAAUUAUAACGGAGGUCAAUGGGGCAAAAACAGCCCCAACAUCACCAACGAGGAGUCAGUCUGAACAGUGUAUUGUUGAAUUUUUGAACAUUUCCAAAGCAUUUCCCCCAAAAGGGUUAAAUCGCGCGAUUUGCGCAUAACAGGAAGAAAAGUGAAGAGGCUCCGCUAAUCUGAUCUCCUCCAGCAUCUCUGCCUAAUGUAAUGUAAUGAAGGAGACGGCAGCGACAUGAACACGACGCACUGUGCGCAUCCCCGGGAAUGCCUCUGACAGUCGCGACAGUCUUUACCCCAGCUGAGUGUGUGUGAAGAAGAUGAAGAAGCAGAAUGUGCGCACUCUGUCCCUCAUCCUCUGCAUCUUCUCCUAUCUGCUGGUGGGCGCCGCGGUGUUCGUCGCGCUGGAGUCCGACACCGAGAGCGCCCGAAAGCGGAUGCUGGAGCACAAGCGCGCGGAGCUGCGGAGGAAAUACCGCUUUACCGACGGAGACUACCAGGAGCUGGAGCGCGUGCUGCGGCAGGCGGAGCCACACCGCGCCGGCACACAGUGGAGGUUCGCCGGAUCCUUUUACUUCGCCAUCACCGUCAUCACCACCAUAGGGUACGGGCACGCGGCCCCAGGCACAGAUGCAGGGAAGCUGUUCUGCAUGCUGUACGCCGGUCUGGGCAUCCCGCUGACCCUGGUGAUGUUCCAGAGUCUGGGCGAGCGCAUGAACACCGGCGUGCGGUUCCUCCUCAGCCGCAUGAAGAGAGCUCUGGGCCUGCAGCGCACCGAGAUCUCCACGCAGAACAUGGUGCUGGUGGGUGUGCUGUCCUGCCUGGGCACGCUCUGUGUGGGCGCCGCUGCAUUCUCACACUUCGAGAGCUGGACGUUCUUCCAUGCCUACUACUACUGCUUCAUCACGCUCACCACCAUCGGCUUCGGGGACUUCGUGGCGCUCCAGAAGAAGGAGGACCUGCAGGAGAACCAGCCGUACGUGCUGUUCAGCUUCAUCUAUAUCCUGCUGGGGCUGACGGUGAUCGGGGCCUUCCUCAAUCUGGUGGUUCUGCGCUUCCUGACGCUAAACACUGAGGACGAGAAGCGGGACGCAGCGGAGCGGGCAUCGCAGCGGGCAUCACUGCGGGCAUCCUCACUGCGCAAGGCUCCAGCUUUCAGACGGGACAGCCAGACACACAGCCGCACAAACCUGCUGUCCCCGCGGCCCACACCGCACCUGCGCUGGUUCUGCAGCCGCGUACACCUGGAUCACACCUCCGCAUGCAGAAACACCUGUGCCGGCUGCAGCGUGAGCUCCGUGUCCUGCAGGAUUCAUGCGGACACUGCGUUCUCCUCCCCGCGCAGCACACUAUCUGCUGGACUCAGCUUCACCACACGCAGGAAAUCUCUGUAAAUAUAGUUUGAAGGAUCACUGGUUAUACUGUUGAGUUCCCUUUCCACGUGUGUGUGUGUGUGUGUGUGUGUGUUUCUCAGUAUUGAAGUGGUCAUAGUGUGUAAACUCAGAGCACAGUGAAGAGCACAACACAUCAUUAUUUACAAUCCUAUUAGCCAACAUAAUGACAGAGAAACUCCAGGAUGGUGUGAUCAAGACUUUCA